ACCGCGUCGAGCUACCUGCCGCCGCAAAAAAGCUCGACGGCCUCCGAGUUCAAGUUCGAAUUCGAACUGCCGCCUCACGAAUCGCAACCCGCAACUAACCCCAACGGCUCCACCACUCCACCUGCCGCCGCCGCCGCACCUACAAGAACCGGCAAAAGGCUCGUUAGCAGAGUUGCUGCAACUUCGAAAGUGCACCAAGAGUCCACCAUGUCCCGCGAGAAGCCAUCGGCCCCGGCGCCGGCCGUGGCCUCCACCGGCUGCUCCGGCCUCAUGUCCUGCCUCUCCAUCCACCGCCGCGGCCCGCCACAGCCGGCGCCGAGGGGGGGAGAGGACGCGAUGCCGCGCAGCAGCGACGCGGAGAGGUACCGGAAGAGGAUGCAGCUCCUGGAGGAGGAGAUCAGGAGGCUGAGCGAGUGGCUGGGGCAGGAGGAGAGGCCCGCGCCGCCGGGCGCCAAGGCCAGGGAGGAGGGCACCAGCUCGGCCGCCGCCGAGUGCUCCAGGAACAGGGCCAAGGCAGGGGAGGUGGGCUGCAGCGCGGCCGCGGCUACCGCUACCAAGAGGUGUGCCAGCGGCGUGCAGGAUAUGCUGAGACUGGAAGACGGGAGCUACCUGCGCGAGGUCCGGCGGGUGCGGGUCGGGCGGCCAUGGGAGAGGCUGGCCGUGCAGGUGUCGCGGCCCGUCGUCCCCGUGGACGCGGCGAGCGCGUCAGAGGUUCUUGACAAGAUGGCAGCGAUGAGGGCCGAGGACCUGUGCAGGUUCCUGGUCAAAAUGAUGCCGCUGAAGGACAUCACCGGCCAGCAGAACCCCGGCGAGCCCGUGCGCCGGACGGCGACGCUGAGCUCGGGGGACGACCUCCUGGAAGCUCUCGUCCUCAAAGCAAUGGACAAGCUGGAAUCUUUGGUCCUGGAAGGCCUGAAGAUGCAGAUGUCCCCACCGGCUACCGAACCCGCCACGGCCGCCGCCGACGCCGACGCCGACGCCGACCGGAGGCGCGACGAGGCGGCGGGCAAGGACUGCAUGGUGCACGUCGUCCUGGUGCAGGUGAGGGAUCCGAGCGAGUGGUACGCCGCCAUCGGCGACCCCAUGAUCGGGCUCAUCGAGGCGUCCCUGCAGAGGAAGGAUGGCGCGGUGAAGCAGGAGAUGCAGGGGCAGCACGCUGCCGGGAUCAGCUUCAUCAGCAGGAAGCCAAGCGAUGGCAUGUGCAUGUUGUGGAGUGUUUCUCUGAGACAGUGCAGGAGAUCACACGACGGCGGCGCCGGCGGCGGAGUCGAUGGCGACGGCUGCCGGUGCACUUGUGUUCGGAAUCCGAACCGUGUGUUCCAACAAUAGAGAUCAGGCUAUCAAGCAGCGGCGGAGCUAGUGAGGUGCUGGGGGGUGCUUGAGGCCCCUACUCCAAUGCAAUCCAUGGAGCCCCCAAAGUCCCUUCUAUAAUUUUCAACCAUGAAUUAAGAGGAGUAAAAAGAAAAUAAGCAAGAAGAAGAAGAAAAGAGAGAGAGAAAAGGAAGAAGAGGAAGAUAAACUCCCAUAAAUUCAAAUUCUAGAUUCGCCACUGCUAUCAAGGUGUUGUUACGGAACAAGUUGCCUUGUUCAACAACAGUGCAAAUUAGCACUCCAUCUGAGGAUCUGACCCCACGUGCCAGUAACACUAGUGUUACUCUUUUUUUUUCGCAAUA